AUGCACCCCUUGCUAGACACUGCCUAUACCCUGCCCACCACAGCCUAUGCCCUGGAGGGCAGCUCAUCCACCAUGGAAAUGACAAUGCUGAUAACAGUAUCAGCCUCCACCCAGCCUGCCUCCAACCACCAGCCCCUUUCUCCCCCUCCCACCCUGCCCAAGCCCGGGAAGGACAACCUGCGGCUGCAGCGGCUGCUGAAGAAGGCAGCCAGGAAGAACGCCAUCCUCGCCUCGGAGCACGGCAAGUCCUUCCGCUCCAGCCUCUCGCCCGUGAGCGAAGCCAGCCCCGACCAGGAGUGUGCCGAGAGCGCUGCUGGCCCAGCGGAGCCCCCAGCAGCCCCCUGUGCCCCGCUGCCAGCCCAGCUCUCCAUCAGGCCCGUCCAGCACCGCGCCCUCUCCCCGCUGCGCAGGGGAAAGCCUUUCACGCUGAAGGUCACCGAGCAGCGGCGCAUUGCCGAACACGUCAGGCUCACGGCCUCCUCGGCCAUGCCCCUGCUGCAGAAGCCAGGGGCUCCUGAGGCUCCACAGCAGCCUGAGGGCACAAGCUCCCACCUUCCCUCUCCGCCUGACCCUUCAGGAUCUGUUUUCCCCCAGCCUCCUCCUUCCAGUAUACCCAGUAAAGAAAGUGCAGAGGUUACCUAUGUCUCCAAGGUGAACACUUAUUUCCACAGUGUCAAGCCACCCAGGGCUAAGACUCCCACCCCAAACCUGACCCAAGGAACUGUCAGCCACGAAGACAAAAGGCCUACUUCCCCAGCACCUCAAACAAGCAGCUCUGAACCACCUCCAGAGCAGACACCCGCCUCACCUAAAGACAGCAAGGCCACUUCCUCCUCACCAAAACCUCCCCUCCUUCCUGCUGCAGAGACAGAGACUCCUGAUCAAGCUCCCAAGCCUGCUCCUCCUGAGAAGCCCAGCAUCUCUGAUGCGCACACCAAUAAGCCUACAACCCAUGGAAGUGACACCGAAAUAUCUGGAUCCAAGACACCUCCUGAAUCACCCAAGCAAGACACAGACACCCUAAAACCAUCAACAUCCAGCGCUCCCUGGAGGCAAGCACGCCCAGUGACAGCAACUCCAGCACAAGCUGAUGGUACCGGGUCCACGUCCACAGACACCAAGGCAGAACACACCCCUGAACCCCAGACAACUCCCAGCUUACCCAACAGCAGCUGUCCCCCCAAGGCUGAGCCAGCACCAUCCUCAGGAGAAGCACCAAGACCUCCUGGAGCCAGUGCCUGGCAUCGCCUCAGGAAGCACUUGAUUGUGCAGCCAGAAACAACCAACUUCCCUGAGUCCAAGCCAGAAAAGCUGGGACAGGAGGAAGGCAAUAAAGAGGAAGCUGCUCAAGCGGUCAUCAAGCAAGACUGCACGCUGGUUAAAUCGAAAGCCAUGAGGAUGUGGGAUGCCAUUUUAUACCAGGUGGCACUCACCAAGGAGAGGAAGCAACAAGCAGAAGAGAAGAAGCCACAGAAGGAAGAGAAUGUCUUUCUUCCCCGCCGCCUGCCCAUCCUUCUACACAAACCCCGCUUUGACGCCCGGAAGCUGAAGGAACUGGCUGCCAAGCCCAUGACAAAGAUCAGCACCGUGUUCGAGGUGAGCCGCUUCCGACCCAAAGGGGCCGAGGAGCACACCAAGAGCUUCAACAGAACAGCAUCAGGAUGGUCGGUCAGCUGA